GCUGAGAUCUCGACACUGCACUCCAGCCUGGGCAACAGAGCGAGACUCCGUCUCAAAAAAAGAAAAAAAUGUUUUAGAGAAGAACUUUAUUGGCACAGCCAGGGUCUAUAGUCAGGGAGAUGGGGUACCGUAAAUAGCCUGGCUUGAGUUUGACGCCAGUCAACUGAGGCCAGGAGUGGGAUCAUGUGGGAACAAGGUAGUUGCCAUUGGAACCACCCAGAGUAAGGGAAAGCCAUUUCCAAAAGUAGUGGGGAUGAGUACAGCUUCGAAAACAGAGGGGUUGGACUCCUUUGCUCCCACUUUCUAACAAUUACAGUCAUUUAGCUUCAGGUACUUUCUGGAUGCUCUCAGGAAAAGAGCAGAAAGAAGGAUGGAUAAAAAGUGUGUGGGCACUUUCAAUAUUUAGACCAGGUUUCGGAAGGGCUUGGCACUAGUUCUUCGAAAUUGUUGCAUGAUUUGAUUAUUUUUCUGGGCAUCAGGACUCAGCCCAUUUCCCCCUCUGGUGCUGAGAAAUGGAGGCCAAAGGAGUGAAGGAAGUUCAAUUAUUCUAGACGCAUUAAUUGAGCCCCUAAUCUAUGCUAGAUACUGGGGGUGUGGGGGGAGACGAGAGAGAGAUCCCAAGGGGUUCCGGCCUCUCAGGGACUCAGGUCACUAAUGAAGGUGGCUGGGCUUGUCUACGUGCUGGGGCAACAGCCACUGGCCAGGCGAGGCGAGGGUCAGUCAGGGCUGGUGCCAGGAAGAGGGCCGGUUCUUUGGCUCCCUGGUCUCCUGCGGUCCAGCUCAAGCUGGCCAGCGGUUGACCUGGCUCUCCCUGGCCCCGGCCAGGCCUCGUGGACCCCUCAUAUGCAAAACGGGACAUGAGCAAGGGAGGAAGGCCAGCCGGGAGCCGGGUCCUGGGAGUUCCACGAAGGGACCUGUCCUGGUCUCCAUGUUCACGCUGCGCCUUCCUUCCGAGGCUCCCCGGGCCUCGCCCGACAAGGCGCUGCUGCAGACAUUAGGCCCGCCGAGGGAGCAGGGAGCGCACUGGGAGCCAACUCUGGGGCGGGCGCCUAGGGCCCGGCGCCCCCCCAGAGUCUCCGAGCCGCGCUGCCCGGGCCGGGCCGGGGGAGGGACAGCAGCAGGUGACGACGGCCUGGCCACUGGCUAUAAAUAGGGGCUCGCGUCAGCCGCGGGCGGGAGCGGCGGCGGCGGGCAGGGGCCCGGAGGCCGGGGCCUGGAGGACCGGCGAGGCAGGGGCGGGUGAGGGCCGGCGGUCGGCGAGGGCGGCGCCAUGGGGUCGCGGAGGGCUCCCAGCCGGGGCUGGGGCGCGGGUGGGCGGUCUGGGGCGGGGGGCGACGGUGAGGACGACGGCCCCGUGUGGAUCCCCAGCCCAGCCAGCCGGAGCUACCUGCUCAGCGUGCGGCCGGAGACCAGCUUAUCAAGCAACCGGUUGUCUCACCCCAGCUCUGGAAGGAGCACCUUCUGCUCCAUCAUUGCUCAGCUCACAGAGGAGACCCAGCCGCUAUUCGAGACCACACUCAAGUCCCGGGCUGUGUCUGAGGACAGCGACGUCAGGUUCACCUGCAUCGUCACAGGAUACCCUGAGCCAGAGGUGACCUGGUACAAGGAUGAUACGGAGCUGGACCGCUACUGUGGCUUGCCAAAAUAUGAGAUCACUCAUCAGGGCAACCGCCACACACUGCAGCUGUACAGGUGUCGAGAAGAAGAUGCCGCCAUCUACCAGGCCUCUGCCCAGAACAGCAAGGGCAUUGUGUCCUGCUCAGGGGUCCUGGAGGUGGGAACCAUGACCGAGUACAAGAUCCACCAGCGCUGGUUCGCCAAGUUGAAGCGCAAGGCUGCGGCAAAGCUGCGCGAGAUCGAGCAGAGCUGGAAGCACGAGAAGGCGGCGCCAGGGGAGGCCGACACGCUGCGCAAGCUCAGCCCCGACCGCUUCCAGCGAAAGCGGCGACUGAGUGGGGCUGAAGGGCUGGACCCCUCGGUCCCUACCAGGGAUCCUGAGGGUGGGACCCUGGCGGUUUGGCAGGAGGGAGAGACUGAGUCUGCUCAGCACUCAGGUUUGGGCCUGAUCAACAGUUUUGCUCCUGGAGAAGUGACCACCAACGGGGAGGCUGUCCCCGAGAAUGGGGAGGAUGGAGAGCAUGGCUUGCUGACAUACAUCUGUGACGCCAUGGAGCUGGGGCCGCAGAGAGUCCUCAAAGAGGAGAGUGGGGCCAAGAAGAAAAAGAAAGAUGAGGAAUCCAAGCAAGGCCUGCGGAAGCCAGAGUUAGAGAAGGCAGCUCGAAGCCGCCUUUCUUCAGAAAACUGCAUCCCCAACUCAGACGAGCCUGACUCCUGUGGGACUCAGGGGCCCGCGGGCGUGGAGCAGGUUCAGACCCAGCCCAGAGGCAGGGCUGCACGGGGGCCUGGGUCCUCUGGCACAGAUAGUACCAGGAAGCCAGCCUCUGCUGUGGGCACUCCAGACAAGGCCCAGAAGGCCCCGGGCCCAGGCCCAGGCCCAGGCCCAGGCCCAGGCCAGGAAGUGUAUUUCUCCUUGAAGGACAUGUACCUGGAGAACACCCGGGCAGUCAGGCUUCUGGGGGAACACGGCCCCCAGACCCUGAGUGUCCAGGCACCUGGAGAGAGUCUCAAGGGGAAGGCACCCACUGGGGCUAGAGAUGAGGGGGUGCCUGGUGCUCCUGGCCAGCCCACACACUCCUUCACCCCCCAGACGACUAGGCCUUUCAACAGAAAGAGAUUCGCCCCUCCAAAGCCCAAAGGAGAGGCCACCACCGACAGUAAGCCCAUUUCUUCUCUGAGUCAAGCUCCAGAAUGUGGGGCCCAGAGCUUAGGGAAGGCCCCACCUCAGGCCUCUGUCCAGGUGCCGACACCCCCUGCCCGGCGGAGACACGGCACCCGGGACAGCCCACUGCAGGGGCAAGCAGGCCACAGGACUCCAGGGGAGGUCCUGGAAUGCCAGACAACCAUGGCUCCUACUGUGUCGGCCAGCAGCAGCUCUGAUGUAGCUUCCAUUGGUUGUAGCACCUCUGGAAGUCAAGGUAUCUUUGAACCCAUGGAUAUGGAAACCCAGGAGGAUGGGAGAACAUCUGCUAACCAGAGAACUGGAAGCAAGAAGAAUGUGCAGGCAGAUGGGAAGAUACAGGUGGAUGGAAGGACCAGGGGAGACGGAACACAGAUAGCCCAGAGGACACGGGCAGAUAGGAAGACACAGGUGUAUACUGGGACACAAGAAAGUAAGAGGCCACAGUCAGACAGGAGUGCACAGAAGGGCAUGGUGACACAGGGAAGGGCAGAGACACAGCUAGAAACAACACAGGCAGGUGAGAAGGUACAGGAAGACAGGAAGGCCCAGGCAGAUGAGGGCACACAGGAAGACAGAAGGAUGCAGGAAGAGACGGGGAUGCAGUCAGCAGGGAGUGCGCCCACAGCCACGGAAGGUCAGUCAAAACAGGAGGCAGUGACCAGCCUUGGCCCACCAUCCAGAACCCCCGAACUCCCACGUACAGAGGGUCCUAGAGCUCCUCCGAGUACUGAAUGUUUUACACAGAUCCCAGAAGGGUCUUGUAUCCCAGAAAAACCUGGUUUCCUGCCCAGAUCUGAGGAGGCAGCAGUAACAGCCUCCAGGAACCAUGAGCAAACUGUGCUGGGUCCCCUGUCAGGGAACCUCAUGCUCCCAGCACAACUGCCCCAUGAAGGGAGUGUGGAGCAGGUGGGAGGAGAGAGAUGCCAAGGGCCACAGUCAUCAGGGCCAGUCGAGGCCAAGCAGGAGGACAGCCCGUUCCAGUGCCCCGAGGAGGAGCAGCCAGGGGGAGUGCCGUGUGUGGAUCAGGGUGGCUGUCCUCCAGCUGGCCUGAGCCAGGAGGUGCCCACAAUGCCUUCUCUUCCUGGAACUGGGUUGACUGCUAGCCCAAAGGAGGGGCCGAGCAGUACCCUGACUUCUCAGCACAGGAGCACAGCUGCCUUCCUGCCCUCUGAGGAUCAGGCCCUCAUGAGUUCUGCCCCAACACUACACCUGGGGCCGGGGACCCCCACUCAGAGUCACCCACCAGAAACCAUGGCCACCACCAAUGAGGGGGCCUGUGCCCAGGUAUCAGAUGUGGAGGGGCGGACCCCAGGUUCCCGGAGCUGUGACCCUGGCCUCAUAGAUUCCCUGAAGAACUACCUGCUUCUGCUGUUAAAGCUGUCCAGCACAGAGACGACUGGAGCAGGGGGAGAGUCCCAGGUCGGGGCAGCUACUGGAGGUCUGGCGCCCUCAGCCACCCUGACACCCACUGUGGAAGUGGCUGGGCUGAGUCCCCGGACAUCGAGGCGUAUCCUGGAGCGUGUGGAGAACAACCACCUGGUGCAGAGUGCACAGACCCUGCUACUGAGCCCCUGUACCUCCCGCCGCCUCACUGGCCUCCUGGACCGCGAGGUGCAGGCUGGCCGCCAGGCCCUUGCUGCUGCCCGAGGCUCCUGGGGUCCUGGUCCCAGCUCCCUCACUGUCCCUGCCAUUGUGGUAGACGAGGAGGGCCCUGGGCUGGCCUCAGAAGGAGCCAGUGAGGGUGACGGAGAGGUUUCCCUUGAGGGGCCUGGCCUCCUGGGGGCCUCUCAGGAGAGCAGCAUGGGUGAUCGGCUGGGGGAGGCCGGUGGGCAGGCAGUCCCUGGGCAGGGACCCUCAACAGAGAGCAUAGCCCAGGAACCCUCCCAAGAGGAGACGUUCCCCGGGGAGGCUCUGACAGGUCUCCCAGCAGCUACACCUGAGGAACUGGCUCUAGGGGCCCGGAGGAAGAGAUUUCUCCCUAAGGUCAGAGCAGCAGGAGAUGGGGAGGCAACCACACCUGAAGAAAGGGAGAGCCCCACGGUUUCCCCCCGGGGGCCCAGGAAAAGCCUGGUGCCUGGGUCCCCAGGGACUCCAGGGCGGGAGAGACGCUCCCCUACGCAGGGCAGAAAGGCGAGCAUGCUGGAGGUGCCUCGGGCAGAGGAGGAGCUGGCGACAGGAGACCUCAGCCCCAGCCCCAAGGCUGGCGGUCUGAACACAGAGCUGGCCCUGGAUGAAGGCAAGCAGGAGACACUGGCCAAGCCCAGGAAAGCCAAAGACCUGCUGAAAGCCCCACAGGUCAUCCGGAAGAUUCGGGUGGAGCAGUUUCCUGAUGCCUCUGGUAGCCUGAAACUCUGGUGCCAGUUUUUCAACAUUCUUAGUGACUCAGUCUUGACAUGGGCCAAGGAUCAGUGCCCAGUGGGCGAGGUGGGCAGGAGCGCAGGGGAUGAGGGGCCGGCGGCCUUGGCCAUCGUGCAGGCCUCCCCCGUAGACUGCGGCGUGUAUCGGUGCACCAUCCACAACGAGCACGGCUCGGCCUCCACCGACUUCUGCCUCAGCCCUGAGGUGUUGUCAGGAUUCAUCUCCAGAGAAGAAGGUGAAGUUGGAGAAGAGAUUGAGAUGACCCCUAUGGUAUUUGCUAAGGGUCUGGCUGACUCUGGCUGCUGGGGGGACAAGCUCUUUGGGCGACUGGUAAGCGAGGAGCUCCGAGGGGGUGGAUAUGGGUGUGUCCUUCGGAAGGCCUCCCAGGCCAAGGUCAUCUACGGACUGGAACCCAUCUUCGAGUCGGGCCGCACGUGCAUCAUCAAGGUGUCCAGCCUGCUUGUGUUUGGGCCCAGCAGUGAGACUUCUCUCGUGGGCAGAAACUACGACGUCACCAUCCAGGGGUGCAAGAUCCAGAACAUGAGUAGGGAGUACUGCAAAAUCUUCGCAGCAGAAGCCCGGGCCGCACCUGGCUUUGGGGAGGUGCCUGAGAUCAUCCCACUGUAUCUGAUCUACCGGCCUGCAAACAAUAUCCCAUAUGCUACCCUGGAGGAAGACCUGGGCAAGCCCUUGGAGUCUUACUGUUCCCGGGAAUGGGGCUGUGCUGGGGCUGUGACAGCAUCUAGCAGCUCUGAGGCCAUGCAGAAAUGCCAGACCUUCCAGCACUGGCUGUAUCAGUGGACAAAUGGCAGCUUCCUUGUCACAGAUUUGGCAGGGGUUGACUGGAAGAUGACUGAUGUGCAGAUUGCUACCAAACUUCGAGGAUACCAGGGCCUCAAGGAAAGCUGCUUCCCUGCCCUGCUGGACCGGUUCGCCUCCUCCCACCAGUGCAACGCCUACUGUGAGCUGCUGGGGCUAACACCCCUCAAGGGCCCUGAGGUGACCCACCCCCAAGCCAAAGCCAAAGGCUCUAAGAGUCCAUCUGCUGGCAGGAAAGGCUCCCAACUGAGUCCUCAGCCCCAGAAGAAAGGCCUCCCUAGUCCUCAGGGCACCCGGAAGAGUGCUGCAAGUUCCAAGGCUGCCCCUCAGGCCUCAGAGCCAGUUGCCGCUCAGUUGUUGGGACAGCCUCCCACCCAAGAGGAGGGCUCCAAGGCCCAGGGCAUGCGGUAGCCUCAAGAGGAGGCUGGGGGCCUCCACCCAGCAGCAGACCAACCAGGAAGCAGCUUGAACCGGAAGGAGACUUUCCAAAAAUGGAACUAACUGGAGAAGGUACACGAAGGAGGCACCACUUGGGGACCUCUCUGAGCAGGCUCUCGUGAAUCAGCUCCUCAUCAGAUGGCUUUGGUGCAUGGCACAUAGCCCACUGGCCUCUUCUGAUGCCACUGUCACCCAAGGUUCCCAGGCCUCAAGCAGGCCCCACCUCCGAGUGCCUGGCAGCCUAGGCCCUCCUUGAAGUUUACACUUUGCCACUGCUGGAGGCUCCCCUGAGUCCUCUGCAUGAGUUCUGCACCCCAAGCCCUUGCCCCAGCCCAGUCAGGCAGCAGAUGUUAUAAUCUGAGUGAGGACAUGCAGGCCAGCAUUUACUCCCCUGCCUUUGCCUGGCCCUGAUCUCGCCUGUCCUCAGGGCUCCAGACUUCCUCUGCUAGUCUGGCCUGGUGACUCUCAGGGUAUCUUCUCCUUCCAGCUACUUUGGCUCACUGAUCUCAGCUUACCCUGCAACUAACCUGUCCUUGAGCCCAGAUGGGGCUCAGGGCCCUUCCAGAGCCUGUCAUGUCCUUGUGCAGUGGCCUUUGAUGAUGUGUGUUCAUGCUCUUCCCCCUUCACUCACUCACCUGCUUCCCAUGCUCCCUUGCACCCCCUGGCCACAUCCCUGUCUUGGGGCCCAGCUGCAGCCUGCUGCCUGCCCUUCAUGACUCUGCGCAUGGCCCUUUGCUCCCACUCCCUGCCUACCAAUAUCCAGGUGACGAACAGAACCUCUGGCAUCUCACCCCACUUCAGUACUCUCUUCCCCAACUUCUCUUGGGCUCUUUGCUCAUGAGGUGAGAGCUGGCAUGAGGGCUGUGUCAGCAGCUGUAGCCAGAGAGAGGUGUUGACUCUGAGAGACCUUGCACUCCACACUGAAAGGAAGUGGGGUCACAGUGAAUUUCACAUCCCCUCUCAACCAGGAGUGGAGGGCUAGGUCCCUUCCCCAUGGGGAGUACACUUGGGUGUUGUAGGAGGGAUGCAGUCUAUCCAUGCACUUGGGUGGAGGAGAGUCUCUGUGCCUGGGAAUUAGGACUCCUGCGCCAACCAUAGCUCUUGAUUCUGGGGUCCCAGCUCUGGACCUCAUGUAUGGGCUCCCAAGGACCCAGCAGCCUGGGUCCUUCCAGAGCAUCCCUCCCAGAGGCCUGGGAUGGGGUAGGUCUGCAGCUAGCCUGCUCCCCUUGGAAUGCAAUAAAGGCAGCAUUGUGUGCCCUGCUUGCCCUCAUCUGGUGUGGUUGGAGGUCCACGGAGUCAGGGUCCCCCUCUCCCAGGCAGGCUCUCUGAGGGCAUUCUGUAGUCCCAGGCCCACUGGAAAAAUGAAUCUAUAUUUUGGUUCCUGGACCGAAGUUCAGUCGCAGUCUUCCGUGACCACAGAAAGACAGCCUGUGCUUCUUGCACAAUUGAGCUGCUGCUGUGUGCCCCUUAGCAGGGUGUCUGGGGACUUAUGCCUUUGGAAUUGCUCUUCAUUCAGAAGAGGAACACAAAGGAAGCCAUCCAGGAAGAAAGCGCAGAGCUGGCGGCUCUGAAAACGCCCUGUGUCUCUGGCUACAGCAAGACCAGCCCAGGAGCCCACCAGCACCUGCCUCUCAGCUACUUGCUGACCAUUUCCUGCUUCUCAAGCUGCAGAGAAGCUUUUCAUUCCCACCCCCACCUGGAGCCUCCCCUUGCCUUACAUUUCCCCUCUAUGGUAACAUCUCUGACUUCUCUACCUCCUCUGUGCUCAGGUCACUCCACAUCUUCUGCCCGAGUGUGUCCCCACCUCUCCCAGCCUGUAUAUCCAGAUUACUUUGGUGAACUGAGAGCUGGGGUACUGUUCAUUCAUUUAUUCAUUCACCCACUCAUUCAGCAGACAUAUACUGAGCGCUACUUUAUGCCAGACCCUGAGCUAGCAGAUGUUUGGAGGCAAAGAUGUGUGAGGCCAUCUCAGGAGAGACUACCUGUUAGGAUUCUUGAGUUUUGACCAACAGAAAUGAACUUGGACCAACUUAAGCAAGGAAAAAGGGUUCAUGGGAAAGAUACUCGGAUAGCUCACAGAACCAAAAGAAUAGCUGAACAAUUGGCCUUGGGAAGGGUGGGAGCUGGGGCAGCUCCAAGGCUUGCCUCCCAGGAGCUGCUAUGGUUGGCAUAGCUUGCCAUCGGUUCUAGUGGGUUCUCUUCCACUCAAGAUUCAGAUUCCAAGUGAAGGAAUCUGGCCUGAAGCUCAGGGCUUCAUAGAGCGGGAGGGAGGCAGUUUUCCAAAGGAUGCGGACUCUUACCAGAAGAAUGGUGGAGUGCGGAAGGGUAGAAAGGGUUUGGUAGGCAAACCCUGAAGAUGCUCCUAACACACAUGCUGUUCUUCCCAUCUCAUGUAUGAUGACUCUCCCAUAUAUAAUCAAAACCACAUUUCCCUCUGCUUAGGGAAUUCAAGAUCAUAUCUAACCUCGAAUUCCAGGGGUAAUGACAUGGCUCCUAUUCGCCAAAGUCCAUUGUCAAUAGGGAUAAUCUCCCUCUUUCAGUGUUACCACAAUUCCAUUUUGAAAUUCUACAACCUGUAGAUUAACCAUAUUCAACCAAAAUUAUAUAAUCCAGCAAGAAAGGAAGAAUGGGUAAAGUCUACAGUCCAUUUCUAGAACUGGUCAUGAGAACUCAUGUUUAUGAUGAUGGACUUUUAAUCUGGUGGAGUGACCCAAACCUUCAGUUCUGAAGCUCCUUAGUGGUCCUACCUGUGUGACAGGCAUUUACUAUUGGACAUGGCAGUCCCAGGAUGAACUCCAGGAAUCCCCCCAUGUCCAUCUCUACUCCUGCCCCCUUUUACGUAACAGCAAUCAUAUUUUCCCUUGAAAGGGUUAAUCAUUCUAGAUACUCCCAUGACCUCUUUAUAAUGAGCCUGAAAUGGCCCGGUGGCUGCCUCAGCUUCCAAUUCAGUUGAAUUGCUACUACGUCUUUGAGGAUGUGCUCCUUGCUGGGGGACUAAACUCUCCACACCAGCCCGGUCCCAAACCUCAGGUGUAAGAAAAACAUUGAGAUCUAGCAAUAGCAGGGCCGUCUCUACACUGCGUCCUAUCCCUGAAGGAGAAACAGCGCCAGGUAUGGUUGCCGGCUCCAAGCGCAUGCUGCCUCCUGCAGUCCUGACCCAGCCUCUCGGGGUGUUGUUUCUAGUGCCAUAGUUGAAUUUUCAACAAACCAUUUCAUCACACUCUCAAGCCAGCUGCUGCUCGUUUGUGGGUUCCUGAGAGGAUGAGUGAAUGCCUACCCAUCAACCCAUUACUCGUCUUUUAGCUGUAAAGGGAAUUCUGUGGUUGGGUGCAGUAUGUGAGGAGGUCACAUGAUGUUUAUGGCAUUUGAUAAUUCCGUGGAUAUUGAUGGCAGGAGAGGCGUGAUGGGUUAGAAAAGCAAAUUCAAAUCCAGAACGAGGGCCCAAAAGGGCCAAGACAAAUUACUGCCCCUCUCAGAGCCACAAAUGUAGAAAGGGGGAAGCACUGUGGAGAGUGAGUGAGCUACCCACACAUGACCUGCUGGUGCCUUCAGAGCCCUAGCCUGGAGCGACAGUGUCCCAUUGAUAACAGAGUACACUGGCUAUGCCAGACUUUACGGCUAGGUGGUCAGAUAACCAUUUCACGAGGGGCAGCAUGGCCAACGAGUGUGCCAGGGCCAAGUGUUUAGGUUCCCCCAGAGCCCAGUGGUGAGCCAGAGGGGCAUUUUGCACAAGGAUAAUGGUUACUUGUCGGCCAGAGCAUCGCUUGACUCCAAAUCCUGGGUUCUCCUAUCAUAUUUUCUUGUCAGGACUUACUGCAAGCUAUACAUGGCUCCCUGGUAUGCCGCCGAUGGACAGAUACCUCACGUACCAUUGACCUGCCAGGUCACAUGGCCUGAUGGCAGAGCUGGCUGCACGAAAGACUUUCCCAGCUGGAAUGCCUUCGCCUGCUCUAGGCCCACCCCAAAGCUGGCAGCAUUCUAGGUCAGUUGGUAAAUGGGUUAGAACAAGAUGCCCCAAAGUGACAUAUCUUGCUUGGAAUUAGGCCUUAGUGGUGAGGGAUUCAACCUACAGUCAUUUGUCCUACAUUAUGAAGGAAACAUUCUGGCCUCAAACAGAUCCCUCAACCCCUAGAACUUUAUAGAAGGGGCAGACCUUGGCAUUUUCACAUGAUUUACCUCCCACUCGGAUUCACAUAUGUUUGACCAAGGCACUAGGCAGCUGCCGAUUUCCCAUCCCUCCUGUAGUCCCAGAUGAAUGGAUACAGAUCCCUUUGGGGAAGGCUGCAAGGAAAGUUCACAACAUGCAUCUAAGCGUUAAGUUUUUCCUUCAAAAAGACAUUUGACUUCCUCUCCAUUUAAGGUCUGGAAAUCAAGUGGGAGAUAUUGACUUUGGCACUUGAGACAGACCUGUUGACCCAGAAAUCUUUAGUUAAGGUCAUUACUAGGCCAUAUCCUAGGGGCAUCUGGCCUUUUUCAUUCCUGGGACCCACAGCUCAAGGUCUGAUUUCCAUGUCCUGCCCAUUACGAUGAGCGCCCUAUUUUGUUCCUUCUGUCUAUCUCAGCUGCUGAGAUCAGGGAGCCUACAUUCCCAGCAGCUCUUCCAAGCAGCCUCCCAGGCCUAGAGAGGAAAAUCAGCGGAGCCUUGUGAAUUUAUUUGUCAUAAAUUCACAAGAAGGGAGCUCAUCUUCUGGGUCCUGCCAGAGGGCACUGAGGGGGUUGACGGGCUGGGUGCAUGCCAGGGACCCAAUCAAGCAUUUUUAUCUUCUGAAAUCUUUGAAUUCCUGCCUUUCUUGGAUGUUUGGUCUUUUGAUUUAAUUUAGCAUGGGCCAACAUUUGGUCCAGAUUAAAAUAGUAAGAACUGUAUCUGGCAAUUUGAGCUUUUACAUAGAAUGUAGAAUCUCUGGUGAGUGAAUAUAUCAAUAAAGACAACCUGAACCAAAA